AUGAAACAUUCAGGCCAGGCUAGUGGCAUCUGUUGCGUGGCCCUUGCUAGAGAAACUUUUAACAAAAAAUUCCCUUUUUCAAAAGUUGCAAGGCCACAGACUGAAAAAACUGGUCAGCCAAUUGAGUUUGCUAAUCUGUUUCCAGUUAACAAAGCACAGGGCCUCUUUCCAAGGCCAGCUGUUCCGUCUCAUUUGCUGAGGAGAAGAAAGCCUGGAUGGCUUGCUUAUUUAUUUAUCAGUCUCUUUUACAAGGGUGUUACCAACUGGGCUGGUUUCCUGGAUCUAGUCCCUGCUUUGUUUCUCAUUAGGGAGUGUGGCUUUUACAACCCCCAGUGA